AUGCUGUUCAUAUCCGCGUACCAGUCCGUCCCCGGAGCCCCGAUCGCGCCCUGCGCCCAAUCCCAUGACGACCUGGUGCUGGCUAGCGCUUGGCUGGCAACAAAUUCGGUACAGAUCCGAGAGGUCGAAGUCGUGGCUGAGGGGUUGAUCCUCCGCCCCUUCACUCUCAUUCAGCUUGAUAAUACGCUUCAACCCCGCCUCCAGCGCCCGGGGACUCAGCACAUCCUCAUCCUCGCCAAGCGCCCCCUAUCCAGCGGACCCGCCCUCGACCCUUCCAACUCCCACAACCUCCCGUCCACCUUGACAAACGCGACAAAGUGCUGCCCCGCGUGUCCCUCCUCCGCGGGGCCCGCGACCGUAUCCCCGCGCUGCUCGACGGAUUUGUGGGCGGCCUCGAACCCGUCGUCGUCGUGGAGCAUGGCGGCGCGCUCCGCCACGCGCAGCGGCACCGCGCGCGCGCAAGCUCGCAAGGUCGGAGCCCGGACGGAUGAAGUCGGCGGCGGGGCCGUUGACGGCGCAGUGGAGGAGGCCGAUGGACCCGCAGGCGUUGCCGAUGGUCUGCCGGAACCAGACGACGGGUUCGGCGGGGCCGACGCCGGGGUAGUCGGGUGCGUCGGCGUCCUCGGCUUGGCGGUGGCGGUCCCAGGCGGGGGUGAGGGGAAUGAUGACCAAGAGGGCGAGGGCGGGGCGGGGAUGUGCGCGAGGAGUGCGGGGUCGUCGAGGGAGUAG